AUGGCGCCUAGGAAGAAGAAUGCGGCGAUCAAAUCGACCGGCUCAACGAGUAAUAAAGCGGAACCUUUGCCUGAUUGGGUAAAGAAUAAAUCACUCGCUAAGCCACCACCUAAAUUUCAGCAACAACAACAAAAAGGACAGCCUACAGCAUCUUCAUCAGCAGGUGAAAAGGGAAUAACAGCCGAUAAUGUGCCGCCAAGACCGCCACCACUCUUUCCUCCAGGAACCAAAACGCCUAUCAAUCUUCUCAAUGAACGUAUACAGAAACAUCAUGCACCAAAAGGAUGGCUAAGACCAUCAAUAGACGCACGAAGAGCUCCGAGAGGAUGGACAUUCGUAGUCACACUAACAAAGACGAACAAAUCCGAUCAAAGUAACCCAUUUAUCGUUCGAUUCGACGCUCGCGAUCCCAGCGGUCAUGAAGGAAGCACAAUCGUUUUGGACAGCAAAGAGAAAGCCAAACAUUGGGGUGCGACGUAUGCUCUGUUUCGAUUAUGUUCAAAUCUGUCUCUGGACUCCAUCUUGCCUACCGGGCCGCGAGAGUACUGGAGAACGCUUGCAGCACACAAAGCCAAAGCGCCUGAACAUCUUAAUUGGCUUUGGCAAGCUGAUCCAUUUGAAGCAUCACAAAAGAUGCAAAGCGAAAAAGAAGCAAAACGAGUAGCACGAGAAAAGAGAGAGCUGGAAGCAGAAAAUGGACCUCGAUUACCCAAGGCUUGGUUGGAAGCACGGGAGAUUCGAAUGGCAAAAGGUAUGCGUGAUAUGAUUGAAGAAACUGUACGACAGGCUUUGGAAGUCUUUCCAAUGCAAGACGAAGAUGCAACGAUUGAAGGAAUGGAUGAAAAUGAUGCACCUUCUUCAGGAGUUGCAACACCAACAAGAGGAGUUGCCGAUGCUGAAGAGCUAACCAAGAAAUUGCAAAAGCUGGGUUUCAGAAAGGGAUACGCACAUUCAGCUGUGCGAUGGCUUUCAGCAGCACGUCAAGGUCAAUCUUCUUCUGCCGCUGCAGCUUCUCUCAAGUCGAUUGGAAAAUUGUCGGAUGAAGACGCAUGUUUGGAAUAUUUGUCAAUCUUUUGUCCUGAAGAUGAUCUUCCAGCAGCAUUUGCUCCUUCUCGUAAAGCCGAUUCAUUCGUGACAAAUUCAUCAUCAACAGCUGUAAAAGGUGAUGGCCUUGCCCUUCGCUGGAUAGAGGAACGUAUAUUCAAGAAUGCAGGAUAUCCUAGAGACGCUGUUCGAUCUGCACUUUCUGCUUGUGACGCUCUCCCAGUGGAAGCAAGAGAAGCUGCUUGUCUCGAAGUGCUGUUGUUACAGCUUGUCCAUCUUUCUAUGCAAUCACACUUGGACGCAUUAAAGCAAAGUCAAACUCCAUCCGAGGACAUCACUCAAUACAGAGCAGACGAAAGGAUGGCUCUAGAAGCAGUUCUUGGCCCUGAGCGGGUGAUUGAAAUUCCUCCAUCAGAAAGACCAUUGACGAGUCAAAAGCGAGAUGCAAGUGAGAUGUUCGAUAUCGUCAUUGCAAAAAAGCCAGAUGACGAUAUCCGCCUUCGUAUAUGUCCGGGGGACAUUUCUCGCUAUCCGAUCGCAGACAAAACUGCUAUGCCAACCUUCUUUGUUGCUUCUACAACAUUACCAGCUUACCUGCGUUUAGCCAUGACGCAAAGGCUUGGGAGAUGCUUGACCGGACAAGAAAGUGGACGUGAAGAUUGGAUGGAAAUGCUUGAGUCAGGGCAAGGAGGAAUCAUCUUGGCCAUGGUAGAAGAAUUGGAGACAUGCUGGAGAAAGAUCACGGAAGAGCCACCAGAGCUAUCAGAAGUGAUGGCUGGUGUUGUAGUAACAAAGGCUAAGAAAGCUGAACCCAAGUCGAUAGCCAAGGAGAGUACAUCAACAGAAGCAUCAAAGGCGAAUAGACGCGGAAACAAGAUUGUUCCUGUUAAGCCACUUGUGAACAAUGCAGGCAAAAAUGAAGAACUAAAAGCUGCACAAACUCGAUUCCAUCAAUCCUCUGCAUAUGCACCUAUCAAAGAAGCUCGUAUACAGUUACCUGCCAUGGCGAGCAGUCAAGAGAUUGUAUCUUUGCUAGACAAACACCGAUUAUUAAUCAUUGCAGGAGAGACAGGAUGCGGUAAAACGACACAAUGUCCCCAAUUCAUUUUGGACAAUAUGAUUGAAAGUGGGAAAGGAAGUAUGUGUAAUAUUAUCGUCACACAACCUCGUCGAUUAAGUGCAAUGGGUGUCGCUUCAAGAGUUGCACAAGAAAGAUGUGAAGAAUUAAACGGUCAAGGUAUGGUUGGAUAUGCGAUCAGAGGAGAAUCAAAGAGCGGACGUAAUACGAAACUUUUAUUCACAACAACUGGUGUGCUCUUACGUCGUUUGAGCACAAAUGAUCCCGAUCUUCGUGGAAUCAGCCAUGUGUUUGUCGAUGAAGUACAUGAAAGAGGGGUUGAUUCUGAUUUGCUUUUGAUCGAGCUUCGGGAAGUGUUGAAGAGGAAUCCAACUUUGCGUGUUAUCUUGAUGAGCGCAACUAUUGAGAGGGAAACAUUUGUCUCUUACUUCAACAAUGUUCCCACAAUGGAUAUUCCUGGCAGAACAUUCCCCGUUCAAGACUUUUAUUUGGAGGACGUGAGAUCUAUGUUGGGUCAGAAUGACCAGAAUAACGAAGAAGAGGAAGAGGACAGCAAAUCGCGUAAGAAGAACCAAGGAAUAGAUUAUGAUCUUAUUGGACAAACUGUUGAUAUGAUUUGCAAAAGAGCAGAUCAGAAAAAGGAUACGGAUGGAGGUAUUCUUGUCUUUUUGCCCGGUGUUGGUGAAAUUCGUCAAGCAAUCGAAUCGAUUGAGAAAGCCACUUCUAGACCUGUAGACGUAUUCCCGUUGCAUGCCAAUCUCUCACCAGAAGAUCAACGGAAGGUUUUCAAAAAGCCACGAUCUGGUUCAAGAAAAGUUGUUGUGUCAACAAAUGUGGCAGAAACAUCGAUCACAAUUGAUGAUAUUGUCUAUGUCGUCGAUAUAGGCUUGGUGAAGGAGACAAGAUAUGAUGUUCAGAGCGGAUUAACAAAAUUGGUCGAAACACGUUGUUCCAAAGCAAACGCUCGUCAACGAAGAGGAAGAGCGGGUCGUGUUAGACCAGGAGAAUGUUUCAAAUUGUUCACCCGAGGAACUGAACAAUAUCGAAUGGAAGAUCAACAGAUACCCGAAAUGAGAAGGAUGUCAUUGGAAAAUCUAAUCUUGAGCGUCAAAGCGUUGAAAGGUGAUUCCGUACCCGUUCAGUCCUACCUGCUUUCUGCCAUCAGUCCCCCAAGUCUAGAUGCGAUCGAGCAAGCCGUUCAAUUGUUGAACGAUAUGAAUGUGUUGGUGACCGAUCAGCAACGUUUGACAGCAUUAGGAAGGCAUCUUUCUUUGUUGCCUUUGGAUGUGCGAUUGGGCAAAUUGUUGAUUUUGAGUUGCGUCUUCCGUUGUCUACGCCCAAUGUUGACAGCAGCCGCCAUUCUAUCCUGCAAACCUCUUUUCAACGCUCCGUUUGAAAAAAGACAAGAAGCAUCAAAAGCUCGUAAGCAGUUGAAUUUUGGCUCUUCGGAUAUUCUUACAGAUGUUAAUGCAUACCAUCAAUGGUUAUCGAUGCGCAAAGAUGGCUAUAGCAAUGCAGAAAUUCGCUCGUGGUGCGAUGAUCAUUUCAUUUCUCCUUCUGCCUUACGCGAUAUUUCAAGCACACGACAAGAUUUGUUGGCAAACCUGAUUGAAAUGGGUCUUGUUUCCGCACAAUACAGAUCAGAGCAGAACAGUACUGUUGCGUCAUCGUUGGACAAGAACAGUGAGCAGAUCAAUCUUCAACGUGCUCUUUUACUUGCGGCCUUGUAUCCAUCUGUUGUGCGAAUUGCACAUCCGCAAGCCAAAUACGACAAAGCAAUUGGUGGUGCAGUUGAACGAGAAGCAGAAGCCAGACAAGUUCGAUUCUUUGACGCACAGAAUCAACGAGUCUUUUUGCACCCAAGUAGUAUCUUGUUCGAUACCAACAAGUAUGCAAGUGAUUUCCUGGCCUCAUUCCGUAGAGGAGCUUCUCAAUCACAGAACAAAGGCGCAAAUGGUGACAAGAUCUAUUUACGGGACGCAACAGAAGUUCCAAUGUUUGCUUUAUUGUUAUUUGGUGGACAUUUACGUGUUCAUCGAAAAGAAGGUGGGAUCAGUAUUGGCAAUGGAAAGAGUGCAACGGCGGAUUCUGGUUGGAUCAAACUUCGUGCAGGUGGUAGAAUCGUUGCUUUGAUCAAUCAACUUCGAUUUUUAUUAGAUGCUGCACUUGCACAAAGUUUUGAGAAUCCUUUGGAAGAUGUUUUUGGGCAAGGAAAAGAAGAUGAUUCGAUCGAAUCCAAGGUUUUGAAUUGUUUGCAUCAAUUAUUGGAACGUGAUGGUCAAUAAUGUAUACGGUACGAUCCCUUUUCAUUCACUCUUUGCGCUCCGUGCAGACCAAGUACGAUCACGAUUGUAUGCUUUUAUUGACGUUUGGAACGGCGUCUUUCUCGGUGGUGUUGGACGUAAGAGUCGAUUCUUUGUCGCUUGUGUUUGUAAGCAUGUGUACAAUAUUAUGAGCAGAACUGCAAUGAAAUGAAACUUUCUCAUCUGGUCACGAUACGAACUGUCCUGUUGCAAUCAUUCAAGGUCAUGAUGGGAAAGGAAAUCAUAUUGUUUUGUGAAAAUCAAAAACGACUUUUCGAGAAGUUUUUGCGCCAUUUUAACCUCCGAAAUGAGUUGGUUCAUUUUAUGCAAAUUAUCCGAACAUCAACGGCAUUUAUAAUACGCCCACAGAAAUCAUGUGCUCGCCAUCUUCCGCUCAAUCACCA